ACGAGCUCGAGCGCGGUGGGGUACGCCGCUCUGCACGACCCGCGCGUGUACAACGGCCUCGCGACCGCGGACCGGACGACGCGCGCGCUCGACGGCCUCCUCCCCGCCGCGGCGGCGACGCCGGAGAUCGAGGUUCGACGCGCCGUCGCCGCGCUCGACGCGUGCGGCGACGACGCGAUGGCGAAAUAUCGUCAGCUCGUGUCGCUUCAGUGCACGGACGAGGCGACGUUCUACGCGCUCCUGGAGGAGAAGACGGAGGAGCUUCUGCCGGUCUUGUACACCCCCACCGUCGGCGACGCGUGUUUGCGGUUUGGCACGCUGUCGCCGCGGCCGCCGGGGCUGUACGUCUCGAUCGCCGACGCGGGGCGGGUUCCGUCGCUCGUUCAAAACUGGCCGUCGUCGGACGUCCGCGUCGCGGUCAUAACUGACGGCGAGCGCAUACUCGGGUUGGGCGACCAAGGCGCGAACGGGAUGGGGAUAAGCGCGGGGAAGAGCAUGGUGUACGCGGCGUGCGGGGUCAAACCGGAGUGGUUGCUUCCGGUGCACGUGGACGUCGGGACGAAUAAUAAAACGCUCAUGGGUGAUCCGUUAUAUGUGGGUUUGAAACAGCCGCGCGAGCGAGGGGAGGCGUACGAUCGACUCCUGGACGAGACCGUGGACGCGAUUCGCGCGCGGUACGGCGAGAACGUGAUCGUGCACUGGGAGGAUUUCGCCCCGCGAAACGCGUUUCGAAACUUGAAGCGAUUUCGAGAGAAGAAGGGCGUGCGCACGUACAACGACGACAUCCAAGGCACCGCGGCGGUGACCGUCGCGGGCAUCCUCGGGGCGCUUCGAAUCGCCGCGGACGGGAAACGAACCGCCGCGCCGCUGAGCGAGCAGACCGUGCUGUUCUUCGGCGCCGGGCAAGCGAACGUCGGCGCGGCGUCGCUGCUAGUGGAUGCGCUCGUGCAGGACGGCGUCGCGAGGGAAGACGCGCUGAAAAAAGUGUGGCUGUUCGACAGCAAAGGGCUCGUCGUCGACGGCCGCGAGGACGCUAUAUCCGCGGAUAAGGCGCCGUUCGCGCACGCGGGCGUCGCCGGCGUGCGCCCGACGAAAGAUUUAACCGACGCGGUGAGGGCGUUAAAACCCACCGCGCUCGUCGGCGCCGCGGCGCAGCCCGGGGCGUUCACCGAGGGAAUCGUGAAGGCGAUGUGCGCGGCGACGCCGCGGCCGAUCGUCUUCGCGCUGUCCAACCCGACGAGCAAAGCGGAGUGCACCGCGGCGCAGGCGUACCAGUGGUCAAAAGGGAAGGCGAUAUUCGCGAGCGGGACAUUAUUCGCGCCUGUAACGUACGGCGGCGAGCGUUACGAACCCGGCUUCGCGAACAACGCGUUUAUUUUCCCCGGCGUCGCGCUCGGCGCGCUGGCGUCUGGCGCGUCGUCGGUCACGGACGGGAUGUUCCUCGCCGCCGCGCGCAGCCUCGCGUCGCAGGUCAGCGCAGAUCGUUUGGAGCUCGGCGCGGCGUACCCGCCCACGGGGUAUAUUAAAGAGGCCGCGGUGAAGGUCGCCGCCGCCGUCGCCGCGGCGGCGGAGGAAGAGGGCGUCGCG